AUGGGCUCAGUAAUUCUCCGCCUGGAGCUGGGCCCAGACGGCCGCGAGGACGACGGCGGCGGCGGAGGCGGCGGUGGCAGCCCUCAAAAUCAGCUGCCCGCCCAGGAGCAGCGGCAGGCGGGGGGACAGCAGCAGGAGGAAGCAGCGCCCGCUGCUUAUGGGCAGCCGGGGCGCGCACGCAGCACCACACCGCCUGGCGGCUGCCCCCUGGUUGAGCAGCAACGCGGGCAACACGUAUCGCCUGGUCAGGCCGCGGCGCUGGGCGGCGGCGCAUUCCUCUUGACGAGCGCCGACGGCCGCCCAUUUGCGGUCGUCCCGCUGGCGGCCGCAGCGCCGGUUGCGGCCGUUGCGCUUCAGCGUUCCACACCUGCGUCGCAGGCGGCCGCCGGUGGGUCGGCGCCGGCGGCCAGCGAGCAGGGUGGGGCUGGGUAUGAGUGCGGGCCAGGGGCUGGGAGCGGCGGGGGCGGAGGUGGUGGGGGCUCUGAGGUGGACACUGAUGAGGAUUUGGAUGAUGUGUGGCCCCCGAUUGAUGAGGACGCAGAGGAGGGCAGCGAACAGGCAUCACCCAGAGGCGGCCGCGGCGGCAGCAGCUUAGCUGCGGCCGGCGGCGACCGUCCGGAGGCGGGGCCUGGGGAGCGGGGCAGGGUGGGCGGCACGGCAGACGAGGUUGUUCCAGAAACCCAAGAUUGGGACGCAGAGGCGGCAGCGCGAGCGGCCGAGGGCGAGCGGGCGGAUGAGGAGGCUGGAGCUAGUGCCACGAGAGCCACGGGCGGGACCGCGGCGCCUGCGAUCGAGGGGGAUGCCCGAGGCGGCGCCGAGGUUGAUGGCGCCGUUGCAAUGGCGGAAGAGGACCAAGAGGAGGGCCAGUUUGGGGGUCAGCCGCCGCCGGCCACGGAGGUCCUGCUGGGGCCAUCGCCGGGGGCACUGCUGCCGCCCGCGCAGGGUGAUGCCACGCCGCCCGCUCCGCCGGCCCCCGGGCUAGGCGCGCUGGGCAGCAUCGGCGACCUUGGUGACAACGGCGGCGGCGGUGGCGGCGGCCGAGGCGCUGCCGCGACGCCGGCGGGAGACACGCAGGUGUUGAUGUUUGCCGGGGAGGCACACCCCCGGGCAGGUUGCAGCGAGCCCGCGCGCGAUUGUGCAGCAGCAGUGGCAGGGGCCGCUGACCCUCGCCAAGUCAGCACGCUGCAGAGUGCUCCCCCCGCGCCGCCAGGCGCUGAGUCGACACCGCCGGCCGCCCAGGACGCGGUGGCGGCCCUGGGCGCGGCCAGGGCCACAGCGCUACCCGUGGAACCUGCGGCGGCCGGACUUGCUGGUGCUGCGGACGCAGAGCGCGAUUCUGAAGAACUGGCCGCCUUUGGGGGCGACACCCAAAUGCCGGGCGCCUCCGAAUCCGCUGGCACUCCUGGCACGGCCCCUGGAUCCGACGGCGCGCCGCCGUCGCACCAGCGCGGCGGCGGCGGCAAUGCGGACGCGGCAGCGGAGGAGUCUGCGGGGGAUGAGGUGGAUCUGAUGCAGGCGGUGCAGCGGACGCUGUGCAGGCAGCGCAAGCGGGCCCCGGCCCUGCAGCUGCCGCCGGCCCCGCCGCCUGCGCCGGCGGCGGCGGCAGCGGCUCCGGCGACCGCUGCUGCGGAAGGCAUGGAGGAGGGUGGGUUGGGUGUGCAGGUUGCGGAUGUGCAGGAGGCGCGAGGUGCGGACGUGCAGGCGGCCGCUCUGGGUGGGGCGCAACACGAGCGGGUGCAGGAUGCCGGGCUGCAGCAGCAGCAGCAGCAGCAGCAGCAGCAGCAGCAGCAGCAGCAGCAGCAGCAGGAGGAAGAGCAGCCCCAGGAGCAGGAGCGACGCCAGCAACAACAGCAGGAACAGGAGCAAAAGCAGCACCAGCACCAGCCGUCCGACAGCUUCCAGCCAGGAGCGUGGCACAAGGUCCGCCGCAGCUCAGACCACGCGGCAUCCCCACAGCCCUCCAGGCCCCCCAGCCCGCCGGCAGCACCAGCACAACCACCGCCGACCGCGGCACCAGAGGAGGGACCGUCUGCCCUCGCGGCCCCAGCAGGGGCAGCAGCGGCAGCGGCGGCCCCAGCGGUGGACGGCAGUGGAGCAGCUGACGAGGUCAGCGAUGCGCCAUCAGCGCCGCCGGCGGCGGCGGCAUCCAACCCGCGGCCGGCCCGCGCAUUUGAUCCCUAUGAGCUUCCGGAGAGCCUGGCGAUUGAAGCGUCGCCCCCGCAGGUGCAGCUGCAGCCGCGGCGGGAGCCGACGCAGCGCAAAGGGCGGCGGCCGGCUGCCGUCGCAUCCGCGGCGGCCGCGGCGCCCAGGGGGGCGGGGAGGAGCGCCGGCCGGGGCGCUGCGGCGGGCGCGGGGGGUGAGGCGGAGGCUCUGCUUGUUGGAGAUGGUGGAGACGCGGGGCGCGAACAGGAGGGGGGGACCAAGGCGGCAGAGGGCGAGGUGGCCGCGCCGCGGCGCGGCCGCAGGAGCGGCGGCAGGGCAACGGCGGGCGGUGCCCUUGGGUUUGGUGUCAGCGCAGAGGCUGGGGCCGGGACGGAGGCGGGUGCAGGGGACAAGGCAGAUGCGGGAGCAACAGGGCCGCUCGGCGGCCGGCCGACGCCGGCCAGGACGCCGAGGUCACGGGCAGGGCGCGGCAAGGCGGGGCGGGACUCACUCGGCAGCGAGGGCGCCGCUGCGGCGGGCGGUGCGGCGGCGCCGCGUGCCGGAGACCAUGGAUGCGAGGUUGGGGCCGAGGAGCAGGAGCAGCCCGUGAAGCCCAGGGCCAAGCGGGCCCGCAGGACCUCGCCACCACAGCAGCAGCAGCAGGAGCAGCAGCAGCAGCAGCAGCAGCAGGAGCAGCAGGAGCAGCAGGAGCAGCAGCAGCAGCAGGAACAGCAGCAGGGGCAGCAGCGACAGCAGCAGCGAGAUCAUCGCCGCGUCAGCUUUGUCGCCGCUCAGGUCGUCCCCCCCGCGCCUCUCGCGGGCUCCCUGGGCGCCGCCGGCAGCGGCGGCGCGCCCGGCUUGGCGCCGCGGCCGCGGCUGCCGGCAGAGACGCAGGCGCCGAGCGACUCUGCCCUCGGCGAUGCUUUCGAUCAGAUCGGCGGGCUCGCGCUCGCGCUCGGCGCCGACUCGCAGGGUGACGCGCUGCUCGCGCCGCCGCCGCUGCAGCUCCAGUCCGCGGCCCCGCCGCCGCCGCGGUCAGGCGCGCAGUCGCCGGGGGCGGGGUCGACGCCCGGCCGCGGCGGGGCCGGCACGCCGUCCAAGGGCGGCGCGGCGUUUGG